AUGUCUUCCUCCAAAAUCAAUCAGCGCGUUUUUCCAUCUCACUUCCUUACUCGUCGAGGAUCUGACUUAUUUCAAUCGCCACUUUCGAGACCAUAUAUAAAGACGAAUAAUGUGAGCUUUUAUUCUACAAAAGAAAAUGGGGAGAUAAAUAAAGAAAAAGAAAAUUUAGAGAAAAAUGAAAGUGUAAAGGAAAUAGAGAAAACGAUCGUAGAAGAGACUGGGAAACACGGCAAUGAAAGUGAGAAGACAUCUCCGUCUUCUUCCCGCACCUUUUCCAAUAAGUCUUCCCCCUACUUGGAUAAGUUUACUGCCUUGGCAUAUUAUUUCGUAGGUGGCCUUGCUUUUUUCAUAUCAGGAGACAAUUUAUAUUCUUGGUAUGUGAACAGGCGUAAUGAGCGUCUUCUUAAUAAAACCAUGGAAAAAGGCACUCGACCUGAAGUGGGAAUUUCAGGUGACGAGUAUGUUUCUCGACCUGUAAUUGCAGAACGCCUCAAAAAAAUUAUUCAGCCUUAUAAAGGUCAAUCAUUUUACAAUGUUGUCUGCGGUGAACAUGGAACCGGAAAAACAACAUUGAUUAAGAUUGCAUCAAGAGAGGUUGGGCAGGGUGUCAUAUAUGUUGAUACUCCUGCUGAUAUUGAAGACUUUGGUAAAGCAUUUGGAAGAGCACUUAACUUCACGUUUGAGGAACAUAUUUCUUGGUCAGGACAACUGAUGCGGAAAGUCUUGGGCAACACUAAUUAUAAAUUCGAGGAUCCCAAGUGGAAGAGAGCCAUGGAAGCAUUCAAGCGUGCCUCUGAAGUGUAUAAAGCGAAGCAUGGUAAACCACCGGUCAUUGUUUAUGACAACGUCAGCCGUAUGGUUCACAAGAAUCCGGAAAUCCUCGACAUCCUUCAAGAUGAUGCCAAGGAUAAUGCCGAUGACAGAAAGUACAUCGCAGUGUUUGUCAGCAGUGAAGGUUCGGUGCCUAGAAGAAUGGAAUCACGUAGUGCCUGGUCACGAGCAGAUAAACCAGUAAUGGAAAUUGGCGAUCUCAGUGAAAAGGAAUCAAUGGAUUAUCUGAUAGACAAGCGCAAGAUCAACUCUGUAGAAGCAAAAAAAUUAUAUGAAUUGGUUGGUGGGCGUAUUGUGGAUCUAAAGUCUGUGGCGGGCAAAUUUCUAGCUGGUCAAUCCUUCGAAGUCAUUAAAAAAUCAAUUUUAGGUGAAGUUGAGAAGAAAUUCAACACUGCACAACUCCUCCGAAAGCAAUUGCAUCAUGAAGUAGGAAAACGCGCUAUCAAUGCUUUAUUGGAUUCUAAAACUCGAGAGCUUAAACUUACAGCAUUUAUGGAAUAUUUCAAUGAUUAUAAAGAAGCAAAUGUAGUAUUGGAAAGCAACGUAUUUGCAUAUCAUCCGGAAAAAUAUAUUGUUACAUUUCAAUCCCAAUCGAUAGAAUCCUACAUUCGGGAAAACACUGAUAUAUUCGUUAACCUAAUUGAACUCACUCCCCAAGAAGGAAAAAGGAAGAUGUAUUAA